AUGCUUCUGGGUAGCAUUUACAGAUUCUUUUUAUGCUUUAUUAUUUGUUUCUUCAGCGUUUCUUGCUCAUCAUUUGAAUUCAGCUUGGGGGGAGAUUAUUUAUUGGGUGGUCUUUUUGCUUUACAUGAAGUGGAUCAUGCAAAACCCCAGUCCACCCCAGAGGCCGUUGAAUGUUCCAGGCACACAAUUUCAGUAUCUGGUUAUCAGAUGUUCCAAGUGAUGAGGUUUGCUGUUGAGGAGAUUAAUAACUCCACCACCCUCCUGCCUAAUGUUUCUCUUGGCUAUGAGAUUUUUGACCAUUGUACUGCAACAAAGAAUUUCCCUGCAGUUUUCAGUUUUAUCUCACAGAAUGGAUCAAUAAAACCUAAAGAAAUGCUCAGUGACCAUCAGCCUAAAGUGAUUGCUUUAACAGGACCAUAUGGAAGCACGAGAACUGUGACGAUUGCAUCAUUGCUCACAAUUGACCUUAUACCAAUAGUGAGCUAUGGAGCUACCAGCUAUGCGUUAAGUAAUAAACUUCAAUAUCCCUCUUUACUAAGAACAGUCCCCAGCAACAAAGACCUGAUACAGAUGAUUAUUCGCAUCAUACAGUGGUUUGGAUGGAACUGGGUUGCCUUCCUUGGAAGCCAGGACGAUUACAGUGAAGACGGCCUAAAACAGUUUAACAAGUAUAUUAACAAUACUGACAUUUGUUUGGCCUAUCAAGAUACUCUUAGCUUAGAGGCAAACUACAGUUUAGCACUUAAGAAGAUUGAUAUGCUCAAAAUAAAUGUCAUUGUGGUUUUUGCUAUGCCACAAAAUGUAAAAAACAUAAUCAAAGCAGCCAUAGCAAACAACAUCCGAGACAAAGUUUGGAUUGCAAGUGAAACAUGGUCAAUGGAUAAACAGCUUCCAAGAGAGCCAGGAAUUGAAAAAAUUGGUAGAAUUAUUGGCAUUACGGAGAGAUUAUUGUCACUGCCUGGAUUUGAUGAAUUCAUCUUUAAGGCCAAAGGAACAUCUAAUGUUCACAAUAAUGAUAGCGUUGAAGUCCAGGGUGAUACAUGUAAUCAAGCUUGCGAGAGCUGCUCAUUGUUGACUGCAGAAGAAAUUAUAAAUGAAAAUCCCACAUUCUCUUUUGCCAUCUAUGCUGCCAUAUAUACCAUAGCUCAUGCAUUACAUAAUGUUCUACAGUGUGACAUGACUGAAUGCCACAAAAAUACAACAGUUAGGCCAUACAUGCUUCUAGGCGAAAUGAAGAAAGUGGAUUUUUCACUCAAUGGUCAUCAGGUGAAAUAUGAUGAUAAUGGUGAUCCAACCGUCAAUUACGCAAUCAUGCUUUGGCAUACUGAAACAAAUCCUCCACGAUUUGAGAUGGUGGGCACAUAUGAUACAUUUCCAGAAAUUACCUUUACCAUCAACAGCUCUCUUUUGCCCUGGCAUAACAAUGGUUCUGUUCCUUUCUCCAACUGUUCUGUUGAGUGUAAGGAGGGAUAUUCCAGGGAACGCGAGGGAUUGCAUGAUUGUUGUUUUCAGUGUAAAAAAUGUCCAAGGAACAGCUAUGUGAAUUAUUCUCGGGACCCCAAUACCUGUUUUCCAUGUGCAGAGAAUGAAUGGUCUGUUGAGGGGAGCACAACAUGUAAGACACGCUCUGUUGUCUAUCUUGAGUUCACAGAAAUCCCCUCCAUCAUAUUCAUGGUUUCUAUCAUAUGCCUGAUGUCUUUCUUUAUUGCCAUCUUUUGCCUUUUUGCCUACAAUCACGAUACACCAGUGGUGAAGUCAGCUGGUGGCAGCAUGUGUUUGCUAAUGUUGGCAUGUUUGAUUAUGUCUAGCAUAAGUUUGUUCUUCUUCUUUGGAAACCCCACACCUGCACAUUGUAUCUUGAGAAAUUUUAUAUUUACAUUUUUCUUCACUGUCUGUCUCUCCUGUCUGACUGUCCGUGCUUUUCAAAUUGUUUGUAUCUUCAAAAUGGCUGCCAAGUUUCCUAACUUGCACAGCUUUUGGGUAAAGCACAAUGGCCACUGGCUCUUCAUUGUAUUUUCCUCUGUUGUUGUUUUAAUUGCUUGUGUGUUAUGGGUGACUGUUGCACCUCCCAAACCCACCAGGGACACGCUUUCUUUUAAGGACCAGGUUAUACUUACCUGUGAAAAUGGGAACAUUAUUACCAUUAGCAUUAUUGUCUUUCUAUGUUGGUUUCUUGGUUUCCUCUGUCUCGUUUUUUCUUACAUGGGAAGAGAUCUGCCGAAAAAUUACAAUGAGGCCAAAUCAAUAACCUUUGGUUUAGUGUUGUUUUAUGUGAGCUGGACUGCAUACAUUACAGCAGUACUCACUCUGAAGAGCAAAUACAUACUGCUUUUUAAUGCAAUAGCCCAGCUAGCCAGUAUAAGUGCAAUUUUCUUCAGCUAUUUCAUACCAAAAUCUUAUAUCAUAAUAUUUCAACCAAAAAAGAACACAACUGCAUACUUUCAAACAUCAAUUCAGAAUUACACCCAAACCAUUAGUAGGACCUAG